AUUGCCUAUAUAUCCAAGACCAAACAGCGACGUGGACAAUCAGUUUGACUCCGGUCAAAAGCAUUAUCUGUUCGUGUCCGUUGCUUCGCGGUUCAAUUAGUUAGGUUUCUUCGUCUUCUGUCACUCCAAAACAGUCGUGUUACUCGCCGUAGCUUUAAGCCGACGAAAUCCACGAUUCAAAAGUAACACCACUUUAUUCCACCAACCAUCUUCUGCAUUUGAUUUCAUUCACCGUCGUCUCGCGUUUCCACUAAGCAGAGAUUUAAGCUAAGAGUUAUUAUCUAUUCUUCUUGCUCGGUAAUUAACUUGAGGCUUCUGAAGGUGCAUUCUGUUGGAAAUGUCAACAACAGCAAUGGUUCCAAUUCUAAAGGGAAUGAUUUUCGAAAUAAGUUUACAAAAACUCCAAGGCAAUGGUCAAGGAUUCCAGAGAUCUCAGCUCCAUCAAGCUGAUAAUCCAAAGAAAAAGUUUGGACUCAAUAAGGAUCAUACGGGCAACGGGAACAAUAAAAGGAUGUCAACUGAGCUCGAUGAUGCUGACCAUAUGUUUGGACCUAUACACCAAAAGAAAUUCAGCAAUGGCGGGGAGCACGGCGUAAGAACUAUCCAACUAAGUCCAAUGCUGAAAAGACUGCAACCUUGACGAGGAAGCAAAAAUGCGUUGCCAGCAACACAGGGAAGUUUUAGCAAAGCAGGCAUAGGUAUUGAAGAAGCAGAAGUUCCUUUACAUUAUUUAUCCAGUGCAGAUGAACAAGUUAAUGGAGAUAGAGGAGACAACAAUAGACAAAUCUCAAUACAAGGAUGGCAAGAAGGGGAGAUUCCAGAAUAAUAAGAUAAGGCAUGGUGGAAAAGACAGGUUUAGUAAAAAACCAAAGUUCCAAGACAAUAACUCUUAUGGAGAAUCUUGCACAACAACAAGACAACCUAUAUUGCUUGAGAAGCUCCUAACCGCAGGCAUAAAGAGAGACAAGAGCCUUGUUACUACAAAUGAAUUCAUACUUGAAAGAGUCGCCAGAGCAACCUCUGAAGUUGCCUCAGGUUAUGGUAGAAGAUACUGGCUGUGAACAUGAUAGGGAAGAUCCCACAACUGAUAUUUUAUCCGAUGAUGACC